UUUAGGGCUUUUGGCCCAAAAACCCUAGGGCCUGUAAGCGAUGGAUUUCUCUUCGCCCUCUUCCUCCUCGAAUGACGCGAUGAUGGAUCAGCUCAAGAACCAGCUCGCGCAGGCCUACGCGCAGGAGUUCUUCGGGACCGUGCGCGAGAAAUGCUUUGCGAAAUGUGUCACCAAGCCCAGCAGCAGCCUGAGUGGAUCCGAGAGCAGCUGCAUUUCAAAGUGCGUGGAUCGCUACAUCGAAGCCACCGGGAUUGUGAGCAGGGCCCUCUUUAACGCCGCCAAGUGAGUGAGUGAGUCUUAUACUCGCUCUUGUUCUCUCUCUCUCUCGAUCCAAUCCAUUUUUCCUUUCUUCUCUUUGAGAAUCCAGACUAAAAAUCUCUCUUUUCUACUUUGUGAUGCACUGGUUUCGAGACGAGCUCUUUAGACAUUUCCAACAAGUAUAAGAAUGAUCACACAAACUCUUGGUA